GAAUAGAAAAAUCAGUUUGAAUAAAAGCAGUAUAUAUUACUUGCCACUAACUGUCAUUGUAUGUAUUUGUAUGAAUAUAAGACGUUGGUUGAAGAUGAGGGAAACUAAAUAUCAUUUAGCAUAAUUAUUUUAAAGCCUGGGAUGCAUCACUCCUCCGAUGAUUGACAGCGAACCCCCGCUGAGGAACCCCGCCUACACGCACGUGCCAUCUACUACGAUACUAGCAUCUGAUUGGAGCAGAAAGCAGUUCGUCUGUCCGUUCUUCAUAUUCAUCCAAUAAGAGAGAAGUUGACUCAGCCAGUGACGGCAUAGCACACCAGGUGAGCCCGGCCAGUCGACUCUCAGCUAGACGAAUGGGGAGCAUUCGGUGAGGACGUCCGUACGCCUUGCUCCGCUGGCAUGACGCAGACUUUAAGUAGUGCGAUUAUGGAACAUGGGUUCGGUAAACGUAGUCAAGCCCUACGUCUGGUCGAGCUACCAGGAGGCCAUGGUCACCCGGCUCUAGGGCCCAGCCAGGGGUUCCCCUUCAACACGCCGGCAGUCCACCACCGCGGGGGUCAAGAACACCAUCAGUCGUCAGACAUGUUGAACCCCUUCAUGGACACCAGUGCCCACAUGGGUGCCAUCAAGUUAAGUCCUUCGCACGCUAUGGCUGGUGAAGCUGCCGCCGUGGCAGCUGCGGCGGCCCAUUCUCAGACUAACCACCAAUUCGGGGGACAACCACCCAACGGGUACGGGGUACCUCAUUCUCACGUGAGCCAUCAUAGUCAUGUGGGUGGUUACGCCACUAGAGAUUUUCUCAUCCGUCGGGAUCAUAUGCCUUCGCUAUCGAGUACCUUGGCAACGCACGAUUCUUUGACAACAAAUAGUCCAGCUCAUCAUGGAAUGUUUGUGUCGUCGUCUCAUCACACGGCAGACAUUUUUUCGGGUCUCGAACAUCCCCACCACACGGGACAUGUCAAUGGUCAAGUUCGACUGUCGCUCGGAACCGAUAUGUAUGGCCGGCCUGAUACAUUUAAUCAAAUGGGAGCUCCGCGUUCCGACCAUCACUUGACGGGCACUUACGGAGCUGUCAACGUAGGACAUGUCCCACAUCAUCAUGGUUCGGGAGCCUUCUUUCGUUACAUGAGGCAACCUAUUAAGCAGGAAAUGACAUGUUUGUGGGUGGACCAAGAUCAACCAAGUCCUAAGAAACCGUGUAGUAAAACGUUUAAUUCCAUGCACGAAAUUGUGACUCACAUUACCGUCGAACACGUCGGUGGACCCGAGUGUACUAAUCAUGCUUGUUUUUGGCAGGAUUGUAUUAGGAAUGGUAGGCCUUUCAAAGCGAAAUACAAACUGGUAAAUCAUAUCAGAGUUCACACCGGAGAAAAGCCGUUUCCGUGCCCUUUCCCAGGCUGCGGAAAAGUAUUUGCGAGAAGCGAAAAUCUUAAAAUUCACAAAAGGACUCACACAGGUAAGAUGUAUACAAGUUAUGUACUAAUUUUGCUUUUAAUACACACAAGUAGCUAAUAAAGAUUAUCAUGCUAAUCAUUCCAACUAAAAUUUUUAUUGCAUACUAAACUAAUAUAUAACAGGAGUUCAAAAACUAUUUAAUAUGUGUAAUCCAACUUUAUCGUAGCAUAAUAAUCCCAAGACACGUAUUACAGCAAGAGAAAACGAAAAUUUGGGUCUUAGAAAUUAAUUCCAAUGUCAUAUUUAGUAAAACGGUAGAAUGUUGUAAAGCAGUGCAGGUGGUGUGGGGAAUGAUUUAUCUGAUUGUGUGGUUUAACAACGCAAUCGGACUUGUAGAACAAACCCUGUUUGUGGCCUAGGAACCCAUUAAAAGCAGAUUACGGCCUCUAGGGAGCUGUCAGGUAGAUAGGGCCACCCAAUGAUGGUUGUUAUUAGACGAGUCCCGAGGGAUCGAGAGCAGUUUGUCACUUGAUACAUGGGUCAGGUGUGGUGACUUUUCGCCCCUUCUUCCAAGGGUCAAGAAACUGACCUAUCUGGUUCGAUGGUGUCUUGUUAGAGAUGAACUUCAGUAAUACAAAAUUUGUUUUAU